CAGCCUUGCUAAAAAGGCCCCAUUUCUUUUUCGCGCGCCAUGGGACGCCAUCCCGCGGUGAGUCACGAGAUGUUGGGAUGCCGUCUUCGACCAUGCCCUGCAGACGGGACACCGCAAAGAUCUCAUGGGAGGAUCUGGAGGAAGCUGCGCCCUUCAGGUAUGCCAGCUCCGAUUCUGGCUGGGGUCGGAAUGAUGUCCGUCGCAACGCGAUGUUUGAGCGGGCGAAGUCAAGAGGUGUCGGAUGAAUUCACAGCGAGAAUACGUCUUUGGCGCAUGCUGACGACCGGAGAGUAUCACACCUUGAGCAGUUUGGCUCAGGCGACCUACUUGAGCCUUCAAGAGGUUAGACAUCAUUUGGAGCAUGUCAUCAAACAGGCGCGCAGCCUGAAGAACAAGUCCCCUGAGUGGCGCACACGACGGAAGAUCCCCGAGGACUGGGACGCGAGCAGCGUGCGAGUCCAGGUGCUGCCGUCCACCUGCGAGCGUUGUAAUUGGGAAGCGAAGAAUGCAGCGAAGAAGAUCAUGCCAGUGAAGGUCUGUAAAAAGUGCGGCAGUCGAGCAAUGUCUCCUGUCAUCAUUUCACUCUCUUGCCAGGAGGUUCAAGGUAAGCGAGCGGCUGAAUGAUUGGAAAA